AUCGCCUGUCAAGACCACCCAGAUUGCUCCGACUAUUCUCCGCCUGUUGGAUCUCAACCCUGCUGAGCUGGAAGCUGUGCAGAUUGAGGGCACUUGCGCACUUCCCAUCGCGUAAAUAUUUAUUAACCUGCCUCACAAUAAAAAGCACUUACCGAAAGCGGCAGACAAGUCUUUGAUCAAAAGGCGCAUCGCCCCAUUUCCAUCCUUGAAUCAGUUGUCAGACAUCAGCUUCAGCCUCCACCAUGCUGCCCACUCCGGAUCUUUCGCAUCUCAAAAGACAGGACUAUGAAUAUAUUUACGAGCCAGCGGAGGAUACUUUUCUUUUCUUGGAUGCGUUCGAGGAUGAGGCGCCUUUCUUGAAGGAUCUUGACCCAACAAUUUCAUUGGAGAUCGGAUCUGGAUCCGGUUGUGUUACGGCAUUUGUAGGCAAGAUCCUUGGCGAGUCCAGUUGCUUGAAGUAUUGUACAGACAUCAAUCCAAGGGCCGCAAGAGCAACGAAAGGAACAGCCAAGCAGAACCAGCUUUCUGUAGAUGUUAUCGAGACCCAUCUCACGGAUGGCCUGCUACCAAGACUGGAAGGACAGAUCGAUCUGAUGUACUUUAACCCGCCCUACGUUCUUACGCCUUCUGAGGAAGUCGGAUCACAUUCAGUGGAGGCAUCAUGGGCUGGGGGGAUCGAUGGACGCGAGGUCAUUGACGAGUUUUUGCCAUACGUCAAGCGCCUACUCUCAUCAAAAGGCGCGUUCUAUUUGGUCGUGGUCAAUGAAAACAAACCGGACGAAAUUCGAGAGAUCAUGAAACAAGACGGCUUCGACUCUAGCGUGGUCAAAACUAGACUUGCCGGCAGAGAAAAGCUGCUUAUUCUAAAGUUCAUCAGGACAAAGGCAUAGUCGGUCUAAUAAAAUAUUGUGGGAAGAUACCCAUGGUGCGCUCAUGUGGUGCAUAUCGUACUUCAGUUCUCCACAUACAUUUUGCGACAGCAACAUUUCAA